CGCUCUCUCCCCACGCGGGGGCACCAGAGCCCUCGGAAGUGUCAGGCACUGCGGUUCAUUUUCCCAGUUCCCUUUUAAAUGACUGCGGAAAAACAGACUCUGGAGCCGCAAAUGGGAAGAAGGAUUCUCAGACAAGGCUUGCGAAUGCCCCACAGCCAUCAUUUAACUGCGCCCGCAGAGCAGUUACGGUUUGUCACCCGACCCUUCUGGACCGCCUCAUUUGUCCCUAGUGAGAACCGGAGGCUCUGUCCAUGCUGGACUUCUCUGUAGCUGAAUGCUUAUGGUGCUCUGGGCAGCGCGGGCGCAGGGCACGCGUUCGCGCACACCCGCGCACACGCGAACACGCGCAAGACUAAUUUUCUGGAGUUUCUGCCCCUGCUCUGCGUCAGUCCUCACGUCACUUCGCCAGCAGUAGCAGAGGCGGCGGCGGCGGCGGCUCCCGGAAUUGGGUUGGAUCAGGAGCCUUGCUGCUCCUUCUCUCGCGCUUUCUGCGCUCAGUGCCUGGCGGCAGGAGGAGCCUGGACCCAGGCACUGCCGGCGGGUGUGAGGCGCCGGAGGCCGGGUGAGCAGCGCAGACAGUGCCCUCCGUCAUCUCGGGCCCUCACUGUUCUCCCUGUGGCUGCCGCAGCUGCUCCCCAGCCCCGAGGUGUGUACCAGAUCUCCGUGCGCGUCUUGCAAGGAGUCUGCGCCCCAGAGAGUCCCGGGAGCGGCGCCGGCCGGUUCCCGGCUUGCCGGGCCAUGCAGCUGCGGCCACCGUGGAGCUCCCAGCGGCUGUAGCGCCCCCUAUGAAGCGGCCCGCGAUGCCCCGGCCAUUGUGAACUGUGCCACCCGCCGGAAUACACUCAGCCCUGGACACACUUAGCCUUGGAUACGAUCGACUCUGCGCGCCCUGGACAAGCAUCGAGGAGGCGAGAGGGCAGAGAGCGCAGGGGAGGCCUCCCCUCACGGGAGGGGGAAGCCGGCGGGUGCAGCGCAGGGACACGCACUUGGGCUGGCACUGGCCGCUGGGGAUGUCGUCCUGGACGAGGUGGCAUGGACCCGCCAUGGCGCGGUUCUGGGGCUUCUGCUGGCUGGUUGUGGGCUUCUGGAGGGCCGCUCUCGCCUGUCCCACGUCCUGCAAGUGCACUGCCUCUCGGAUUUGGUGCAACGACCCUUCUCCCGGCAUCGUGGCAUUUCCAAGGUUGGAGCCUAACAGUGCAGACCCUGAGAAUAUCACCGAAAUUUUUAUUGCAAAUCAGAAAAGGUUAGAAAUCAUCAAUGAAGAUGAUGUUGAAGCUUACGUGGGACUAAAAAACCUGACAAUUGUGGAUUCUGGAUUAAAAUUUGUGGCUUAUAAAGCAUUUAUGAAGAACAGCAACCUGCAGCACAUCAAUUUUACCCGAAAUAAACUGACGAGUUUGUCUAGGAAACAUUUCCGUCACCUUGACUUGUCUGAGCUGAUCCUGGUGGGCAAUCCAUUUACGUGCUCCUGUGACAUUAUGUGGAUCAAGACUCUUCAAGAAACUAAAUCCAGUCCAGAAACUCAGGACUUGUACUGCCUAAAUGAAAGCAGCAAGAAUAUUCCCCUGGCAAACCUGCAGAUACCCAAUUGUGGGCUGCCAUCCGCAAAUUUGGCUGCACCAAACCUCACUGUGGAGGAAGGAAAGUCUAUCACAUUGUCUUGUAUUGUGGCAGGCGAUCCACUUCCUAAUAUGUACUGGGAUGUGGGAAAUCUGGUCUCCAAACAUAUGAAUGAAACAAGCCACACACAGGGCUCCUUAAGGAUAACUAAUAUUUCAUCUGAUGACAGUGGAAAGCAAAUCUCUUGUGUGGCAGAAAAUCUUGUAGGAGAAGAUCAAGAUUCUGUCAACCUCACUGUGCAUUUUGCACCAACUAUCACAUUUCUCGAAUCUCCAACCUCAGACCACCACUGGUGCAUUCCAUUCACUGUGAAAGGCAACCCCAAACCAGCGCUUCAGUGGUUCUAUAAUGGGGCAAUAUUGAAUGAGUCCAAAUACAUCUGUACUAAAAUACAUGUUACCAAUCAUACGGAGUACCACGGCUGCCUCCAGCUGGAUAAUCCUACUCACAUGAACAAUGGGGACUACACUUUAAUAGCCAAGAAUGAGUAUGGGAAAGAUGAGAGACAGAUUUCUGCCCACUUCAUGGGCUGGCCUGGAAUUGAUGAUGGUGCAAACCCAAAUUAUCCGGAUGUACUUUAUGAAGAUUGGACUGCAACAAAUGACCUCGGUGAUGCCAUGAACAAAAGCUAUGAAAUCCCCACCACAAUUGUCCCUGGCAAAACUAGUCAGGAACGUCUCUCGGUCUAUGCUGUGGUGGUAAUUGCAUCCGUGGUGGGAUUUUGUCUGCUGGUGAUGCUGUUUCUGCUUAAAUUGGCAAGACACUCCAAGUUUGGCAUGAAAGAUUUCUCAUGGUUUGGAAUUGGGAAAGUAAAAUCAAGACAAGGUGUUGGCCCAGCUUCAGUUAUCAGCAAUGAUGAUGACUCUGCCAGCCCCCUCCAUCACAUCUCCAAUGGGAGUAACACUCCAUCCUCUUCAGAAGGUGGCCCUGAUGCCGUCAUUAUUGGAAUGACCAAGAUCCCUGUCAUUGAAAAUCCCCAGUACUUUGGCAUCACCAACAGUCAGCUCAAGCCAGACACAUUUGUUCAGCACAUCAAGCGACAUAACAUCGUUCUGAAAAGGGAGCUAGGUGAAGGAGCCUUUGGAAAAGUUUUCCUAGCUGAAUGCUAUAACCUCUGUCCUGAGCAGGAUAAGAUCUUGGUGGCAGUGAAGACUCUGAAGGAUGCCAGCGACAAUGCACGCAAGGACUUCCAUCGCGAGGCUGAGCUGCUGACCAACCUCCAACAUGAGCACAUUGUUAAGUUCUAUGGCGUCUGUGUGGAGGGUGACCCACUCAUCAUGGUCUUUGAGUACAUGAAGCAUGGGGACCUCAACAAGUUCCUUAGGGCACAUGGACCUGAUGCAGUGCUGAUGGCGGAAGGCAACCCGCCUACGGAGCUGACACAGUCACAGAUGCUGCACAUUGCCCAGCAGAUCGCGGCAGGCAUGGUCUACCUGGCAUCCCAGCACUUCGUGCACCGAGACCUGGCCACCCGGAACUGCCUCGUCGGGGAGAACCUGCUGGUGAAAAUCGGGGAUUUUGGGAUGUCCCGGGAUGUGUACAGCACUGACUACUACAGGGUCGGUGGCCACACGAUGCUGCCCAUUCGCUGGAUGCCUCCAGAGAGCAUCAUGUACAGGAAAUUCACCACAGAAAGUGAUGUCUGGAGCCUGGGCGUCGUGUUGUGGGAGAUCUUCACCUACGGCAAGCAACCCUGGUACCAGCUGUCAAACAACGAGGUGAUAGAAUGCAUCACUCAGGGCCGAGUCCUGCAGCGACCUCGCACAUGCCCCCAGGAGGUAUAUGAGCUGAUGCUGGGGUGCUGGCAGCGAGAGCCGCACAUGAGGAAGAACAUCAAGGGCAUCCACACCCUCCUUCAGAACUUGGCCAAGGCAUCUCCUGUGUACCUGGAUAUUCUAGGCUAAGGCCUUUUCCCCAGACCAAUCCUUCCCAACGCACUCCUCAGACGGGUCGAGAGGAUGAACAUCUCCUAACUGCCGCUGGAUGCCAUGACACUGCUGUCCUGCACUCUGACAGUAUUAACAAGACUCCGAGAUGCUUUCAGAGGGAAGCGAUGUGUACUUCUCCAUCCACAGACACAGUAUUGACUUCUUUUUGGCAUUAUCUCUUUCUCUCUUUCCAUCUCCCUUGAUUUGUUCCUUUCUUUUCCUUUUCUUUUUCUUUUCUAGCUUUUUUUUGUCUUCCCUGCUUCACAAUCUUACCUUCUCUUUUUAAUCAAAUCUGGCUUCUGCAUUACUAUUAACUCUGCAUAGACAAAGGCCUUAACAAACCUAAUUUGUUAUAUCAGCAGACACUCCAGUUUGCCCACCACAACUAACAAUGCCUUGUUGAAUUCCUGCCUUUGAUGUGGAUGAAAAAAAGGGAAAACAAAUAUCUGACUUAAACUUUGUCACUUCUGCUGUACAGACAUCGAGAGUUUCUAUGGAUUCACUUCUAUUUAUUUAUUAUUAUUACUCUUCUUAUUGUUUUUGGAUGGCUUAAGCCUGAGUAUGAAGAGGAAAACUUGUGUUCAAUCUGGGAAAACUUUAUCUAUGGGAGAUUAAAACCAGAGAGAGAGAGAAGAUUUAUUAUUAUAAACCACAGUAUGGGAGAAACAAAGACAACCAUUGGGAUCAGCUGGCAUCAGUUCCUACUUAGGAAAACCCCAGCAACUGUCAGCUGGGAAUAAUGUUUUCGGCACCUUCCCCUGAGGACCUUUUUGAGGAGUAAAAAAGACUGUUGAACUCUGUGCCAUGGACUAGUCUUUUCCCAUCACCAGAAACACCAGUGUGUGGUAGAGAGAAAAGAUGGCUACUAUAGUACACAAGGUGGCACAUCAUACGCUCAGACGGUCUUGUCUCGGUCACGGUGAUAGCAGUGUUAUCCACUGAGCCUUUGUCAAAUUCAGUUGAAAAGAGGUGGAUUCUUGUCCAGAGAUCAUUUCAGGGUCAGGUGGGAAAUCCAAGGAUUCGGAAAAGAUAGGACAAGCUCUCAAUUUGGAGGCAAGUUUCUCUUAUAUUGAACUUUUCAGAUAGCACCUCCCUCUGACCCCCGCCCUUCACUCCCACCUGUCCUUUUAACUGUGCAAGCAAAAUUGUGCAUGGUCUUCGUCGAUUAAUACCUUGUGUGCAGAAACUACCGCUCCAGACAUCGUGCCCCUGGUAGGUAGAGCAGAUCCAUAAAAGGUAUAACAUAUCAAUGAAGGGAAGCUAAUGGAGUUCAUUAGCUGAGAAUAAAUGUCUCUGUGCUGUAUGGCUGGUGGUGAUGGGUUUUACCCAGUAUGGACCCUGAAGCCUGGAUAUCUUCAUCCACGUUGAACCCACGGGAUUGUGGGAUGGGCAGAAUCCAUCCUGGAGGGAAAGGAAACCUCACCUGGGGACAUCACACACAUUCAUGUUCAGUGUACACAGGCAAUGUCUCUUGCUCUGGGCUCUGGUUGGGAGAGUGGUUUCAUUCCAAAUGUAUUCCAUUGUCAGUAUGCUGUUUUGUUUUCUUCACUCCAUUAAAAAAAAAAUGUAAAACUAAAACAUUUGGCACAGCAUGCCAAUGGGAGGCUGCGCCCAGACAGAGCAUUGGAGGUAUGCUUCUGGGCACAGUUAUUGAUUUUGCAAAGAGAGUGUAAAUUUAAAUAGAAAUUUACAGUUAUUUGGAUAGUCGGUUAUACCAAGGGAGAAAAUUAUUUCUGUUCCUCAAGAAAACUUGCUACCCUCUGUGAGGGGAAUUUUGCUAAACUUGACAUCUUUAUAUCAUGAGCCAGAUUGAAAGGGAGUGAUUUUAAUUCAUUUUAGGUUGUUUUAUUUAGUUUUUGUUUCUGAAGGUGCAAGAGCUCUGUUUAGGUUUCACUUGUGCCCGUUAAUCACUAGAGCACCUUGUUUUCCAUUAGAGGCUUUGAAAGCCAGUGCUCAAAAACUUCAAAAGUGUAAAUUAUCAGAGAACAAAAGGAAAUCCAGUAGCAUCUGUGGUCAAGUGAGGGGGUUGGACAAGAUGAUCCUUUCAGCCCUUUGGGUUCUGUGCUGGCCUAUGAAAUACGGGAGUUGAGUUGUUUGUUCUCUUUGUUAGUGAAAACAAACCCCUCCAGAAUACACAAUUAAUAUAAUGAAAGCCAUAUCUCCAUGAUAUAGACAUGUGUGUUAUAUAUCAUGUCAAGGGCCCGUGGUACUGUUAAAAUACUGUGGAACUCUGUGAAGCAGUAAGGAAGGGGCAGAUUUGUACAAACUCUUCUAGAUUCCAUCAGCAAUGACCUGAAAACCUACAAAGGUUUGUCACUCUGUGUGUCUGGCCAGCUGCUCUGAGAGAAAAAUCUGCAAAUUAUUUAUUUUAUUUUAAUAGAGAGCAAUGGAGAUAGUACUUUAAGAGAUCAAAUUCAAGGAGGGCUGUGUAGUUUUAUAGCUAAGAUUUGUUUAAAACAGAUGAAAAGAUGGAAACAUUCCAUUCCAUUUUUUGUGUUUUCUUAUGAAGGAAUAAAAGCAAAAAAAAAAAAAUCUUCACACCUUCUGACAAGUCCCUCAAGGUCUUGAAACAAAAGGUUCUAUGCAAGUACAAAGUUUUAUAGUUAUUUAUACUGCUUGUUAUUAUUAUUUCCUCUGUUGUCUCAAGAGUAUGUGCUUAUUUCAGAGAUGUCUCACAUUGAAAGAACAUCAGAUUGUUUUAAAAAUAGUUGAUGAGCUACAGAAUAUCUUAAAGUAUUCAUCAUUACUCCUCUAUAACUCACUUUCUCAUGGUCUUCAAAUUUUUAGAAAAGCAGCAUCCUGGUUCUGAAAUGUACUGGUCACCAAAUAUGGCCUACCAUCAGAUAUGUUAAAAACUAUAAUUAUAGCAGUGACAAAACUAAUUCUCUAACUCAAACCAAGUCUGACAGUCAUUUCCACUUACAAAGUGUCUAAGUUUUCCAAACACGUUUUGUAUGUGUUUGCAAAUUAUUCCUGUUUUUUUGUAGGUGAGGAAAUUGAGACUCAGAGAAGCUCAGAGGCAUACUGAGGUCUCCUGUCUAGCUUGUGGCACCAACAGGCCUUCAUCCAACUACUCUGACUUUAUAAAUCCAUGAUUCUGUCCACUAGAAAUACUAAUAUACCAACAAACAGUUCAGAAAAGAAAGCACGCUAACUAAUUCAUGAAUCAGGAUAUGAAAUUACGAAUUUUGUUCAUACAAGAGAUGGCAAACAUCAGAGACAUUGUGAUGUAUGAUCAUGCUCUUAGCUUCAGCUUAAUCUUUGUACACUGAACCAAUGUCAUAAUCAGGCUUAUUUAGAAAACACUUUGAACUAUGCUAUCAAGGAUUAUAUCAGAAUUCAUAUUAUACAUAUGUUCACAUCAGCACUACCUGUGAUAUUUUCAUGUAUUUAUAUAUGUGUUAUAAAUACUGGAUUUAUACAUAUACAAAUGCACAUACAUAGUGUGUUUGUGUGUUUAUGUAUAAAUAUAUAGGCACAUUGUAAUAGAGAUAACUAUAGUAGGGUGCAGUAUGAAUAAUUUGCUUAAAAUCUGCUAAAUAACCAAAACUUUUUAAUGUCAUGUUGCAGUUAAUGCUUCCAUUCUCCAUGUGGGUGGGACUACAUCGCACUUCUAAACUCUGUGCAGUACCGCAUGGGUGGAAGACAUAUUUAAGAUAAUGUGCUUCCCAAAACAACUGAAAAAAAGCCAUCCCACUGCAUUGAGUCCUUUCUCUGGCUCUUUUUAAAAGGAAAAUGCAGAUUGAAACAGAUCUCCUUUUUAUAAAAGUCCAGGAAAGGAAAAUUGAUUUUUUUUGUCAUUUUGCACAUUUGUAUUAUGCUCACUUUGUCCCACUGUGACCUUUUCACAGUUAUGUCAGAGUCCAAGCAUUCCAAAUAUAAAGUGUAAUGUUGGGAGACCCAUGUCAUGAAUGCCAAUGGCAAGACAUCCAAGACUCUCUUAGGAACUCCCACAUCUGAGUGUAAACGGACCAACCAGCCAUGGAGAGCGCUGUCCUUUGUAAAGCAUCAUGGCAACGUGAUUCCUGGUCAAGAACAGGCUUUUCCCCCCUAACCUUUCUUUUUGCAAAUUGGACAGCUUAUAAUACCAAUAACAUUGUGUCUAAUUUUAAAAAGGACUGUCUAUACGUACAUUUACCCUCGAUCAUCUUGGUCCCCCAUUCUUUUUCUCCUAUUUUUCCCUCCUUAUUUGAGAACUUUUAUUUUCAGUCUUAAUCUUGGUUUGGCCCUAUAUUUCUAUUACAGGAAUUCUCAUGAGAGGAAUGGCUAGUGACCCAACUCCCCAAAUGUCUAAGUGAGCAAUUAAAGCCCAUUUCUUCACAAUGUAUUAUGGAAUGUAGAGACUCAGGUUGUGAUAGCUAGUACAUGAAUUUCAAUGUUAUUCUAAGGAACUGGGAGUAAGAAGAAUUCAUAGCUUAAAAUGACAGUGCAGGAAGGGAUAUUUUGUUGUUAUCAGGGCUGGAAUGAAUCACUGCUGCUUGAGGCAAAGGUUCUUGAAUAUCCUUAAUUUCUGCAUCCCCCCUUCUUUUCCUUUGGCUUUUAUUUAUUUAUGUAUUUAUUUAUUUAUGUAUUUAUUUAUACAGUUUUGCUCCAUUCAUCACAAACAGAAGCAAAGGUAAAACACUGUGAAUCUCACAACAACCAAGCAACUAUUUUGCCAUCUUAACAUACGUCUCAGGAGACGAAAUGGGAAAAGAUGGGAAUGUUAUUUUUCAGUCUAGGCGUUCUAGGCCAGGUCUAUGUUUAUUUUAUUUCUUUGGUCUGUGCAUUAAUAAAUAUGAUCCUGAGUGAAGGUUGGCUGAACGUUCAACAUAUUAGAGUAAGGAUAAUAAAAGCUGCCAGUGGCCAUGUGUUUGAAUGGCGGGGAAACGGAGAAAAUGAAAUACAGCGUAAAGGCCUACAUCUUGCAGCUUGUAUAUCUUACUAUUGCUUUAAAAAUGUAUAAAACUGCUGGAAAUGUUUUAAAUACAAGGUCUUUGAAUUAAAUGUGGAUCUUAAAUAUGUAAUCCCUUGACAAAUAACCAAAUUAUGGUGAAAUAUUGCUCCCUGCAUUCCUUGAUCAUUACUUACAAAUCUGCCUAGAGAUGUGGACGCUCUGCAUUCGCUUCUGUAUCUGGAGAGAUGUUUGUAUAUAUCCGGGCCAUAGACACACUCAUUUCAAUAUCUCUCUGCAGAUAUAUUUCCCCUUUAAUGGUGACCUGGUAUUUGGAACUCUCUUUUCAUUUGGUUUAUUUCCUUUAAAUGUGAUGUCUCUGUGCCAAUAGUUACUGGUUCUUGUUUUGCAAUCUGUUUUGAGGUCCAUUGCUUUAUUAAAACCCACUGCAUCUUGGCUGAUUUCAAAGUGACACCUGAAUACAGUGUUUAAAAAAAAAGUUUUGUUUGUAAAUCAUGUGACCAGCUUCUCUCAACCUGACAUGGAAAGUCUCUUGUAUUACAGUGUAUUUAAUAAAAAAUGAUGUCUUACAAUAAAUAACAUCCUCCAAAAGAGA